AUUACCACCACCAGUACAACACCGACCACUACCACCACCAGUACAACUCCGAUCACCACCAUCACCAGCACUUCGUCUUCCAAUACUACUACAACUGCUAUAACGACAACCACUACCACAAGCAGUAAAUCGACCACAACUACCACCACCACUACUGAACCAGCCACCACAACAAAACCGAAACAUUGCCAAUUCAUCCACGACAAGGAAAGACAUCUAUCUGGUUUUGAGAUGAAAUGCAAAACAAAAUGUUUUCCCCAAGAGAUGGCAACCAUUUUAUGUAAACACAAAUAUUCUACAUCAGCCUGCACCCCAGGAUGUGCCUGCUGCAUUGAGAAACAUCAUGAGACAACGAUAACCACAGCACCUACAACCUUAACUGUAACUACGAGAACUUCUACCAGCACUACAUCAACUACCACUACCACCACCAGUACAUCACCGACCACUACCAUCACCAGUACAACACCGACCACUACCACCACCAGUAUAACACCAACCAAUACCAUCACCAGUACAACACCAGCCACUACCACCACCAGUACAACACCAGACACUACCACCACCAGUACAACACCCACUACUACCACCACUAGUACAACACCCGCCACUACCACUACCAGUACAACACUGGCCACUACCACCACCAGUACAUCAACCACUACCACCACCAGUACAACACCCACCACUACCACCACCAGUACAACACCAACCACUACCACCACCAGUACAACACCAACCACUACCAUCACCAGUACAACACCAGCCACUACCACCACUAGUACAACACCCACUACUACCACCACUAGUACAACACCUGCCACUACCACUACCAGUACAACACCGGCCACUACUACCACCAGUACAACACCGACCACUACCACCACCAGUACAACACCGUCCAUUACCACCACCAGU